AAACAUCGUAGGGUUAUUUCGACUUGUCAAAUAAGCGACCGUUUUUAGAUUAUAAUUUCCGAGCGACAGUGAAGGCCACCCUGACCAAUCAUCGGACGGGAGGAACCGUUUGAAACCAAAGAGGGCCGUUUGUUUCCCGUCGGCUCGCCCGCUACUUCUCCAUUAACCUUCUUUUUUAUGAGCAAUAUGGACGAUUUAUUUAAGAAUCGACUGUAUGUGAAUGGCUCCAACUUCAAAAGCGCAAUGGAGCGGAUCAUAGAGAAGUAUUCAAAGCUCCAGUACCAGGACGGGGGGAUGGAGGUGGACGUGGGCAGCACGGAGCCACGAAGACUUGAACGCUACAUGAGAUUGUCCAGAGUCGAGAUCAGCAAGCUGGAAUCAAAGAGCCUGACAGAUUUAAGAGAGGAAUCAAUAAGAGCAGCGCCGGAUUUUACGAGAGACUCUCAGUUGGACUUCACGUAUGAAGAUGGAGGCGCCGAUGAGACCCGAGCCUCCACCACCCAGAUGUCUGCGCAGGACCACGGGAUGUCGACCAACGACUCCACCGGCCUGACCGCGAGCUCGCCGGACGAGAGUUCGAGGGACAUUUCUGCCACAUCGGUCCAGACGGAGGACCAGACGGAGGACCAGCCCGAGGACCGAGACGAGGAGCUGGAGCUGAGCCUGAGCAGCCACGGCAGCUCCCUGCUGGAGCUCUACCCCGACAUGAUCGACCGGAUAGGAAGGGUGUGGCGGCGGCAGCACGUCUCCGAGGCCGCGGGCUCGGUGCUGAGGAGGUACCGCAGGUGGCGGCGGCGGUCGGGCCGAGGCGGUCUCGGCAACACCUUCGUGGUCACCCGGCUACGCGCCGGCGGCGGAUACCCCGAAAACGACACCAGCCUGAUGCUGUUGGAGGAGCAGGAGGAGGAGACCAGGAACAGCCCCAAGAAGAGGCAGUUCAUCGGGGAUGUGCAACGGCAGUCGCCCUUGAGGAGGGUAAACCAUGUGCAACAGCAGUCGCCCUUGAGGGUGGACCAUGUGCAACAGCAGUCGCCCUUGAGGGUGAACCAUGUGCAACAGCAGUCGCCCUUGAGGAGGGUGAGCCAUGUGCAACAGCAGUCUCCCUUGAAAGGGGUGACCCAUGUGCAACAGCAGUCGCCCGUAAAGAGGGUGAAGGAUGUGCAACAGCAGUCUCCUUGGCGGGUGCGUGGGGAGCAGCAGCCGGUCCUCGUGAUGGACCUCUCUGGCCCCUCCGAGACCUUCGUGCCGGGCGAGCUGAACGAGACCUUCACCGUGUCCGAAGAGUCCGGUCUGGGAGGCCGGGCCUCCGCCUGCAGCGCCGGCCCCACGCGCCCCCCCCGCCCCAGGAGGCUCUCGCUGCAGGCGGACCUCCACCCUGCGUACGCAGCGGUCACCGCCGGAGAGACGGGGGACGCCUACGGCUCGCCGGUGCGGCGCAGUCCCUCGAGGAGGAGGGUGGGGACCUCCCUCGGUGGAUCUCCUCAGGGUUUCCCCAGAAGCCCCACAACUUAUCCUGGGGAAAGCUUUUCCAGGGAGCCUCCGAGGCUCAGAUUAAUCUCCACCCCUCCUCCGCACAAGCCGGCCGAACCGCCGAGGAUGCUCCACCCUCAAGACGCCCACCGCUCCCUCCAGCUGCAGUCGCCCCACGGGCUCCGGCGCCACCUUUCCUUCGACUCGUCCCUGCCGGCGAUCCGCGUCUCCGACUCCCCGAAGAAGCUGGACGAGGACUUCCUGAAGCUCUACCACAAGUUUGUGUGCCAGAACAAAUCCUCCUUCUUCAACCGGCACCCGUGCCGCCUCUGUGCCGGAAGCGCCGAGGCCGGCGGAGGCCCUUCCUCCUCCGCCGCCUCCUCGUCGUCGCUCGCGGCUCUCGCCCUGUCGCCCCACCGCUCCCUCCUGAGGAAACGCCACCGGGAGUUGGACCGGGACGGCCACCCCCGGUCCAAACGCCACCGGGACGAGCUUUGCCCGUCCUCGCCCGGCUCCCAACGCCACGGGAAGGAGAUGCUGAGGCGCGGCCUCUUCUUCGGCGCCGGGACACCCGCCGUGUUCCAGGAGGCCUGGGCGAGUCGGCGUGCAGACGACUUCUCUGGGACGGGUGAGCGUCCGCUUUAAGACGCGGCUCCAGACUCCGGGAGUUUUUAUUUGUCCGCCGAUUGAAUUCAAUAAAAACUUGUUCUGUU